GUGCCACAAGUCCUCCUUUUCUCCUAGCCAGAGGUGAUCGAAGCAUACUAGUAACCCAAUGCCAAGGAGGGGCUUCUCCUUCUCAGCUGACAGCUGAGGUGUCAUUAGAGGGUUUUCACAAGACUUCUACUCAGCCAUUCCCCUGUUUUGAAUUACUCUCCUGUUUCAAUAAAAACAACAAACAUACUUAAGCCAGCGUUGCUAUAGAAUUGCACCCUCGGCAGUGCUCUAAUUAGGCUGCAUUCAAGCCCAGAUGUGCAGGAAGGUUUCCCCCAUCUCCCUUUUAAACUAGUUGAGACUAGUGUUCUCACACUCUCUCACACACACACACACACACACACACACACACACACACACACACACACAGCAAUAAAUUGUAAUUGUUUGACACGUAAUUAGUUUCUACUUGUCAAACUUCUGUGCUGAGGGGCGCGGCUGCAAUGGAGCAACGACUGAAACUGUGAAACUCCUGCUGAGCUGUGGGCCAAAGGAGCCGUUUGGUUUUAUCCUCCCAGGAACACUUUGUGUUCCGCAUGCACGCACACUCAUACAUGCACAAGCACCGUUGUACACAUGGUAGCCCAUGCUCGCAACUCACCUAGAUUUAAUAAUCUGUACAUUCACAUACGCACAUUGAAAUUUGCAUCCAACCCAUAGGCCAAACACACACUCAAAGACUUAAUUUUUUUCACACUUGUACAUAGGCAUAUUCACACUUGCACUAGCACACAGACCAAACACACCUCGCGUGCAAUCACACAGGUGCAUGUGAACACACACACAAACAUACUCCCACACACAAACACCUACUCACUUGCACACGUUUACGCUCAGCUCUCACUCAAAGAAAACCCGGCUCGCCCACUGAUACCCACAAACAUACACACAGAAACAAAAUUUCACAAGUCACAAAAACACACUCCUACGCAGAAUGCUUGCACACACAGAGCCUUGAUUCUCUCCAGCUGGGGACAGAGCCGCAGAGAUGCACACAGAGCUUGGAUGCUCUGCAGCUGGGGGCAGGGCUACACACGCAACCUUGAUUCUCUCCAGCCUGAGCCGUGCUACACCCACCCCUCUAUUUUGUUUUUAUUUUGACGCACUUCUGGGUGCGCGUCACUGGAAUAUUGUUUGCACAUUCACUCCUGCUCCAAACCUUAUAUUGCAACAUACAGCACAGGGCGAAAGGUCUGCUCUGCCCUCCAGAGCCUGAGCUCCAGUGUCCCUGUGCUAUCAAUGGCAAUAAAAGAAGAGAGCAAGGGAAGGAGCCUUCAAGAUUUUACAAGUCCUGGGAACAUUUGGGUCAUUAAUAAAGAAUAGAUCCUGCCUCUUGAACUCACUGCCAGUCAGGUUAACCCCUUCAGGCCCCUAUGGGGAACAGAGGGAGCCUGGGUUAGAGAAAACGCGGCUCAGACCCAAUGUCAGCCAAAGGGAGAAUGAGAGAUUUAAGGCUUUAUCAUGUUUUAUUACUCUCCUCAGCCGCCUCCUUCCUGACCCAGGCCAGGGUUUGGGGGAGGUCAGAGAAGCACUUAGUAGCUGGUUUGUGCCCCCACUUACUCUGUACAGUCCCUUUGGCUUCUGUGGAGCUGCAGUGGCUGGAAGAUGCCGCUUGGGCAAAGCACAUGCUACGUCCCAUUGACUCCAGUAGGACUCAAGCAAGUGCAUAGGCCCUGAUUCAACAAAGUCUCUGGUGGAGCGGGGCAGGAUUUGGGGUCUGGCGGAUGCCUGCACUGAGGGCAAAAUUAACCUCAGCGCAACACUGGAGCUCCUCUCUAGAGCUUGUCUGGUUCCUAGGGACUGUGCUGAUCCUUGGUGCAGGAGUGAAUGCCACUUGUGGAGCGUGCUUACAUUCACGUACCCCUUCCCACUGGAGCUGGGUGCAAGGUUCCCAUCAACAUACAGUUCUCUGACCCCAAAAAGCCAUUUUUCAUUGCAAAAGAAAAAUUUUGACCCACAUGGUUUUGGGUGAUUUUUUUUUUUUUUUACUGAAAACCAUUUUUUUCUCCUUCCCAAAAAAGCCUGAAAAGCUUUUUUUAUUUUGUUUUUCACUGAAAAACUGGACGUUUUCAUGGGGAAAUUUGGAUAAAAACAUCCAUGUUUCAAAUUGGAGUAAAUUGACAUUUUCCAAACAGCGCUGCACAGAGAACCAUUUUUCUUAUGGACACCGAUAUUUCUUAAUUCUGUACAGGGCUUAGAGACUCAAAUGACAAGUGCCUUAGAACUAAACUGGGCAGCUAAACAGACAGGCUAACCUAGCGCUGACCAUGCUCUCUGCUACCCUCCAUCUGCCACUCUUUGGUGACAGCGCUGCUCCUGCCACGUUCUGCCUGCCUGAUGCAUCUUCCGGUUGAAUUCUCUGCUGGGUGGUUUGACCUGUUCUCUGUGUUUCCUCCUUUCUUCCACGUGAGGAUCUCCCCCCUGGAGAGGAGGUUUCUUCCAAGUGCCUGUCUGCAAUGCCAGCACACAGCCACCAAAUAGGUGACCGUGUGCUGGGUGGAGGAGGCACUGGGGCAUCACACACAGUCCCUCUCUCCCCAGGCCGAGCACGCUGGCAUCCGGACCUACUUCUUCAGCGCCGAGAACACUGAAGAGCAGGAGUCCUGGAUCCAAGCCAUGGGCGAGGCUGCCCGGGUGCAGAUCCCACCCCCACAAAGGCGUGAGAAGACUGACUCUGAGAACAUCCCCCCCAGCAAGCACCACCACCACCGGACCACUGCUCACAGGGAGCACCCCAAAGCAGACCUGGAAGCCAAGACCAGAGGGGAGGGUGAUGGGCGUGGUUCAGAGAAGAUUGAGAGGAAGCUGGAGAGGAUCGACAGCAAGAAGGAACCCCUGGUGAAAGCCAAUGGCAUUGUGGGCCAGGAGAUGCCAUCUGCGCCCAGCAGCCCUUACCCUGAAGCCCCACGGUUUCCGGCAGGGGUGGAGAGGUCCACGCAGCCCAAUGGCUGGCAGUACUCUUCCCCCAGCCGCCCCAGCAGCACCGCCUACCCGCCGCAGGAUGGGGUGAGCGUGGUGCACCGGCAGGGCUUUGUGCCGCGCACCAACCCGGAGAAGAUCGCCCAGAGGAAGAGCUCCAUGACGCAGCUGCAGCAGUGGGUGAACCUGCGCCGGGGGGCUGCCCCGCCGGAGGAGCUGAGGAGCCCCACCAGGUUUUUCCCGAUGUCUCGAAGGGUCCCUGACUACUAUGCCCCUUACUCGCCCCAGUACCCUGAGGAUUACCAGUACUACCCGCCCGGCGUGCGCCCCGACAGCAUCUGCUCCAUGCCCGCCUACGAGCGGGUGAGCCCCCAGUGGGCUGCGGAGGACAAGCGCCACUCCUUCCGCAACGGAGGCCCCUACCAGCUGCGUGAGUGGAAGGAGCACCCAGGUUACGGCAGGCAGGACGUCCCCAUCUGGAUCCCCGGCCCUGGCCGGCAGCCCGUUUAUUACGACGAGAUGGAUGCUGCCUCAGACUCCCUGCGGAGGAUGUCCCUCCAGCCCCGCUCCAGGUCCGUGCCCCGUUCACCCAGCCAGGGCACCUACAAUAGGGCGAGGAUGUACUCCCCGGUCAGGUCGCCCAGCACCCGCUUUGAGAGGAUGCCAUCCAGGAGUGAGGAGAUCUAUGCUGACCCCACGGCCUACAUGUUGAGGCGAUCGGUCAGUUCCCCAAAGUAUGAUUAUCUGGGUGACAGGAGGCCCGUCCCUGCAGGAAUGUAUCCCUACAACUACCCAGCGUCCCCUACAGUCCACGACAAAAUGGAUGAACUUUUAGACCUUCAGUUGCAAAGAAACCUAGAAUAUUUGGACCAGCAGAUGAGUGAGAGCGAAACUUUGAUCAGUAUGGUGAACAGAAUGGUGGAGAACUCCUCCCCUAGGGCCCAGCUGUACAUGCAAGUGUCUCCCUUCCCAGAGGCCUACAGAGAGACUCUGCACGCCUACAAGAUAAGCGAGCAAGACACUGAUAAGCUACUGGGAAAACUGUGUGAGCAAAACAAGGUGGUGAGGGAGCAGGACAGGCUGGUGCAGCAGCUCCGAGCAGAGAAGGAGAGUCUUGAGAGCGCCCUGAUGGGGACCCACCAGGAGUUGGAGAUGUUCGGGAGCCAGCCAGCCUACCCUGAGAAGCUGCUGCACAAGAAGGAAUCCCUCCAGAACCAGCUGAUCAACAUCCGGGUGGAGCUGUCCCAGGCCAGCACGGCCUUGGCCAACAGCACCAUAGAGUAUGAGAACUUGGAGGGCGAGGUGUCAGCCCUGCACGAUGACCUGUGGGAACAGCUGAACUUGGAUAUCCAGAACGAAAUGCUCAACCGGCAAAUCCAGAAGGAGAUCUGGCGCAUCCAGGACGUGAUGGAGGGGUUGAGGAAGAACAACCCCUCCCGGGGCACGGACACUGCCAAACACAGAGUGGCCGCUGGCCCCUCGGGAACCUACAGCUCCAACAGCCCCGCUAGCCCCUUGAGCUCAGCCAGCCUCACUAGCCCACUGAGCCCUUUCUCCCUUGUGUCGGGCUCACAGGGCUCGCCCACCAAGCAAGGGGCAAGCGAGCUGGUACCAAAGAUUCACUGUGAAGCUGAACCAAAGGGCAAGCGCCCAGCCUCAGAAAACGGGAAGAAUGGCCAGGGCUGGGAACCAGGCCCGCCUCGACCUCCCCUGCCCAAAUCGUAUGUCCCUCUGGAGUCUCCUCCGACUGUUCCUCCACUCCCUAGCGAGAGCCGCUUCUGGCCGUACCCUAACUCCCCUUCCUGGCAGCAAAGCGGCGAGGCGAAGAGGGGACAGUCCAAGUCCAGCUUCGAGCAGAAUAAGAAAGAUGCUCAUCGGAGCUCUGCCCCCAUCCCACCCAUAGAGGCCAGGCUCACGCAGACGAGGCAAGAGCCAGAUGCUGAGAAGCAAGCAGCUCUCAACAAAGUUGGCAUCGUUCCCCCGAGGACCAAGUCUCCCACCGAUGAGGACUCGGCACCCACUUCGGGUGUGGUCAGGAGGAGCACCAGCAGCAUCGUCAAUGGACUGACCUCCGGGGAGAGGCCAAAAAGCGCCGUGUUCUCCAGUGAGAUGAAGGCAAAAAUGAGCGUGGAGGAGCAGAUCGACCGGAUGAAACGCCACCAAAGCGGAUCCAUGAAGGAAAAAAGGCGAAGUUUGCAGCUCCCGGCCAAUCAGCAGCCAGAUGCUCCCAGCGCGAAGGCACCCGCGUCAUACAAAGUGGUGCGCCGACACCGCAGCAUCCACGAGGUGGAUAUCUCCGACCUGGAGGCAGCGCUACGCACCGAGGACUCCGGCAAAGUCUACGAGACGCCGAGGGAGGAGAUCGCCCGGCUACGCAAGAUGGAGCUGGAGCCCCAGCACUAUGACGUUGACAUCAGUAAGGAGCUCUCCACCCCAGACAAGGUCCUCAUUCCGGAGCGGUACAUUGAGCUGGAACCGGACACCCCCCUAAGCCCUGAAGAGAUGAAGGAGAAGCAGAAGAAAGUGGAAAGGAUAAAGACACUCAUUGCCAAAUCCAGCUUGCAGAAUGUGGUCCCUCUAAGCGAGGGAGAGGUGGAUGUGCCCCAGGAUGCAGAAACUCAGCUCCAGGAGCAGGAGAAGAGGAUAGAGAUAUCCUGCACCUUGGCUACAGAAGCCUCCAGGCUGGGCCGCAUGCUCUCCGCUCAAUGUGCCACCCCGAGUCCUCCCACUUCCCCAGCCUCCCCGACUCCACCGACAAACCCCCUCUCGUCUGAGUCAUCCCGGGUCGUCGACAGCAGCCAUUUUAUGCGUGUCUGAGCCAUGAACACAAGCCCUGGCUGCUGUGAAUACCGUGAAGUUCCACGGAGCCACGUUUUAACACACAAACAUGCGCGUCCCGACUCGACAACCAAAUCUUUCCCCGCUCAUCGCUUUUGGUUCUCCCCGAACCCCUGCCGCCAACCAACGGUGAGAUCGUCCAGGACGAAGAUGGUGUGCAUCGGCACCUGUCACCAAGGAGAACACGGAGCCUUAUCUCUGCACCAGUCCCCCCAACUGGCCGUGUACCAUCCCGGGAGGAAGUGCCAUGGGGGGGCUGCCUGCUGGAGCACAGAGCGGCAGAGAGGCGCUGGUAAAUCACUGCUCCUGCAAUGAUGGACGUUUUGUGUGAGAUCUUUUGCAGUCUGGGAGAUGGGCCCAUCCGGCGUGAACUUCAGGACAGGGGAUCUGACAGCUACCCACCAGUCUGUUCCAUGGCCGGAAUAUCUAAUCGAGGGGAUAGCAUCGCACUGGAGGCUGGGGGGGUUUCCCUUUGCUUCCUGCACUGAAAUAUUUGUCUCCCAAAGCUUGUGUCCUGAAGGGGCUUUUGCAUGGGGACCGAGCUGUCGCUGCAGUUUGAGCUUGCUCUUGGCCUCCACCGAUGUGAGCACCCUAUUUCCAUUCUCUGUGCACCUUUCACCUCCCCAGGCCCUGGCCUGGAACGGCUACUAGCAUCUUUAAUCUCUGGAGCUAGCCACCUGUGCCCAGCCACGUUUCUCCACUCACGCUCAUGAGCAUCCACGGGAAGGAAGGAGUGGGCAUCUGGGAUGGACAGAUGGAAACAGGAGCCAAGGAGGGAAAAGGCUCCUGGGCAGAAAAUGGGAGAGGUUAUGGGAUCUGCAAAAUUAGGAUAUAGCUGUAUCUGUGAAAUACUAGUGUUUCCCCUCCCAGGGUGAAGGGUGGUGUGGAACAGCAGGUCUGUGCAAUGUAUGCGGACAUGUAGUAAGGGAAUUAGCUGAACGAUACAGGGGGACGGGGCUAGGAGAGCCCAAGUGGCUGGUGUUGGUGACCAGACGAAGCCUUGAUGCUUUCUGAGGCCAGGAGGGAUCUGUUUGCACAUAGAGACGAUGAGGAGAAAGGGGGACAGGCUUCGGGAUAUUUUUUUUUCUUGGACCAGAGCAGGUUCUGGAUGGUAGCAACAGGUGCCCUUCCUCAGAAUUUUGUUUUACCCAGUGCAAUGCUCAUUUCUUGCAUUUUUAUGGGGAUGGGAGUGGGGUGAAAUCAAGAGCUGCUGUCCACAUACUUUAAUACUAGAUUGGGCAAAAUACUGGAGAAGUGACUGAGGGAACAGCACUGUCUCGCUAUCUAUGGCAUUUCUAGGGCAUCUUAUCACCUUGGAUCUGAGUGCCCCAUCUAAUCCUUGGUAUCUAACCCUGAACGGCCUAGAGUGGACUAGAGGGGCAUUCCCUGCAGUGGUCUUGGCAGGUACCAUGUCGAUGCUGUCACGGUCUCUUGCCUCCAUCCGGAAAGCACUGCCUUGCCCCCAAAAUGGAGGGGACACCAGAGUUGUGAGGCCCAAAGGAAUAGGAGCAUAGCUGGGAGGGGACCUAAUCCCUUCUGCUUUCAGGCUAGAAGCCAACUUCUUAUGGAUGGGACAAGGGAGAAGCUUCGCCAUGGACAGGUGAUUACAUAAUCGCCCACUGCAGGGUUGUUGCACCUUUGUCUGAAGCAGCUGCUACUUGAGACAUGGGAUACUGCACUGGAUGGCCCCCUGGUCUGGCAAUCCCUGCAUAGAGAACAAUCCUGCUCUGGGCUUAGGGAAAUGGACGAGAUACCCAUCUCUAACUUCUAUGGCUCCCUGCUAUAUUUGCAUCUGGAACGGAAUGCAGGCAACUAAUACUCAUAACUCAUGGCACUGAGACAAGCAUGCCCCUGAAAUUCUUUUCUUCUGAAGAACAGUGAGCUAGAAUAGUUCCUCUGACUUUUGGAAUGACUGAGAUCAGGUGUGCAUGGUGCUGAGUCACUGCUGCACUGUCUCUCUUUCACAUACCUUAUGAGAUGAGCCUGCUCUUCAAGAUGUGGGUUCCUUGUUUUCUCAAUACAUUGAGAGAAUCAUCAUCUCAGGGGGACGUAUUGGGGGUGAUGGAAGACACAUAAUUCAGAGACUCAUCCAAGAGAUUGUCUGCUCUUCUGAAGCUUGUCAGAACUACCUGAACCAUCGGGGUCUGCAGAAUCUAGCAUUAUUUCAGCACUGCUGCUUCCCAACGGGAACUCAUAAGUGAGAAGGUCCAUCAAGACCUCAGCUCAGUUCAAGCAAUGGUUUGGAGGAAGGAGGUUUCUUAUAUCUGUCCAAGUUGGUUUCCUUGUCCCUUCUCAAAAUUAGGGCUACAUGCAGAUGCAAAUAUUUUUUCCACCAUGGAGUGGAUUUGCAAGUACUCAGCUCGCAUUUAGGCACCUAAACACGGGCAAGAUUUUUU